AUGUCGGAUCGUACUAAAGGUAGAAAGAACUGUUGCGACCUGCAAAUGAUAGCGCCUUUACAGCCCAAGAACUGUUGCUCUCUAUCAUUUGCAGGUCGACUGCAGCUCUUAAAAUCAGUCAUAUCUGGUACUAUAAACUUCUGGAUUUCUACGUUCAUGCUUCCUAAAGGUUGCAUAAAACGGAUUGAAUCCCUCUGUAGUCGCUUCCUCUGGUCAGGUAAUAUCGAAAACAAAAAAGGAGCAAGAGUUGCAUGGUCCACAGUGUGUUUGCCUAAAGCCGAAGGAGGUUUGGGGCUUCGGAGCUUUAAAGAGUGGAAUAAGGUGCUAUGCUUGAGAUUUGUUUGGCUACUAUUCUCAGAUAAUGGCUCUCUGUGGGCUAACUGGCACAAGUUUCAUUAUCUGCGAAACAAUACCUUUUGGACAGUGAAAGAAGCACCAACGCACUCUUGGACAUGGAACUCACUACUGAAGCUGAGACCUUUAGCAGAACAAUUUAUCAGAGCUAAGGUGGGUAACGGCCAGAAAACUAGUUUUUGGUUUGAUCAUUGGACUCCUCUCGGACCACUUAUCAAGCUACUAGGCAGUGGAGGUCCUAGAGUGUUGCGACUGGCCAUUAAUGCUACUGUGGGAGACGCUUGUGAUGACCAAGGUUGGACUCUGCCCGCCCCAAGAUCAGACGCAGCUCUCUCGCUUCAUGUGCACCUUACCUCCAUUCAGCAUCCAACCUCAAGCCUCGAUCAAGACACGUACUAUUGGGCCAUCGAAGGGGUCCCUAACCAGGUUUACUCUUCGUCUAAAACUUGGGAGAUACUCAGGCCAAGGCAAGAGGAAAAAGAGUGGUCGACAUCUGUUUGGUUUAAAGGUGGCAUCCCAAAGCAUGCUUUUAAUAUGUGGCUUGUGCACCUAAACAGGCUACCGACAAGAGAGAGGUUGGUUUCUUGGGGUCUAGACAUACCCUCCGAUUGCUUUUCGUUUCUGAGAUUUGGAGACAAGUUCUCUCAAGACUGGAUAACCAUCAUCGCUUGCUCUGCUCUUGGUCAGAGCUCCUUUUUGGAUCAAAUCACGCUCCCACAAAGCCCCGUCAACUCUCAGGAAGAUAGUAGUUCAAGCCACUCUUUAUCAUAUCUGGAAGCAAAGAAACAAUGUCCUGCACAACCAACAGUCCCUACCCGUGCAAGCAGUUUUUAA